AGAGGAAAACUGGCAACAAAGCGAAUUGCUUACCCUUCCCCCGCCAGUUCAAGUUUCAAUACAAUAGUAAAAAAAAAAAAAAAUCUUGCGAGUGAAGAAGUGCUGAGUCGACGUCGGUAAAGCUACUUAAAAAUUUCGUAGAUUAUAGUUCCGCCAUGAGUUUUAAAUUUCUGUGUGCAGAAAUAACUUGGUCUAGAGAAGUCUAUAUGCCAUUGAACCUUUUAAUUAAGGCUACUUUGGAAAAAAACGAUUUCCUCAACCAACUCGAAUCAUUGAUUACACUUUCAGUCAGGUUGAUACGAAAUGAAAAUGCUAAUGUUGAAUCCCUGCAACAUACCAACAAAUUUGUGGAAUUACUCGAAGAGUUUGUUUUUAUCUUGAAUGAAAUCCAUGCAUCUUCAGAUAAGGCAUUACCUGAUUUUGAUGUUAAAAUAACACCACUGAUUUAUACAUUUUUUGAAUUAGUAGGACAACAAUCGAGACUCGGUGACUGUCAGAAGGAAUUUGAGGCGAAAAUAGUUAGAUUUCUAAAUAGAUUGCCUAUUCAUCCAACUCUUCACAUCACUCCAUGGCAUCGCACACUAGCAUUCGUGACCAGUGUGAAUUCCCUGCUUUCUGAUGAACUUUCAGAAGAACCAGCCAUCCAAACACCUGAAGACUCGCAUAAUGUGAAAUUGGUGACAAAUGUGAAUCCUCCCAUAACCGAAACCACUGACGUUUGCUUAUCUGUUAAGCAUCAGGUGGAAAAUCCAGCCAAUUUUCCAACUCCAUCACGCACUCCUCCACUAAUUGAAUUUCAAAAAGUUCUUCGAGAGCGCUUUCCUACGCCCUUUAUCACUCCAACCGAGAAAAAGGCGCGUCGAGAUGUCAUACGAACCCUACGAUCUCAUCGUCGACCUCAGCUUUCAUCUUGGAAUGUCGUUGAGACCAGAUCCCCCGCUCGCUACCGGAACUUGCGGAAACAGUUGUUUAUCGAUAGUGAUUCACUUUCUAACUCUGUUGACCUACCGAUACAGCCAAUUGCGGAAGCAACUCCUCCUUCGCAACUGGCUGAUCGUCGACAGACGACGAGUUGGAAACAGGUUCGUUUGCAAAUUCCACCUUGCUGGGCCGAUCUUAUUGGAAACCACAUCAAAGAAAAUCAUCCGUACGAGAAGCUCAGGUACCAAGAAGAAGCAUCUGCGCGCUGGCCAAUUGUUAAAAUUUUUUGCACUUGUGCCCAAUCCAAGAGAGAUUAGAGAUUUGUUCAAUCUUAAGAUUAGAACUUGUUCAAUUUCUAUAACUUUCUUAGUCAUGACUUUGCAUUUUGGUAUCGUAAUACAACCAUGU